AUGUACUUCGGAGACACUUUGGCUGAACCUAUGCGGGACUUACCUUUACACGAGCGGCAGGCCAGCGGACAUUACGCAUCCUACGCCGCUCCAACGCGUGCACAGGCGGACCUGCCUUCACCUUACGAGCCGAGGCCAUCGGAGUCGUCUCGGCCCAAUCACGUCAACGUUUUCGCUCCACGAGGUCCGCAAGGCCCGGCACAGAGUCCUAUGAGUGGUCAUACCGAUCCGCGGCCGACGCACCAUGUGCUACCGCGCCUGCACGACAUUGUGGACCAGAUACACAUUCGAGGCUCCAGCGUUGCGGCGUUUCCUGCAAGUCCUCCUCACGGGCAAGCAUCAUACGGGAAUCCUUCCUGGCAGUCAAUUCCUCCCACAACCCAGGGUCCGGUGGCAUCGUCGUUGCAAAGCCGUCCGGGGCACAAGGUGGACCUCCCGAUCUUGGAGACUCCCGUGGGUAGACAGGGUCAUGUUCCGACCACCCACUCACCGUAUUCCACGUAUCCUGACAGCACGCGCGACUCUAAUGGUUAUAGGCGCGAGGAAGUUGUCCAGGGUCAUCAAUCAAAUGGAGUGAAUGGUCACCCUCCUCACAUUCCGUAUCUAUCCAACGGGCCAGACCACGGUCAGCACUAUCGCUCCGCCAGCACCACAGACCAUUCAGUGGGACGUUACGGCGGGCCCACCAAUGUAGAGACAUCUAACAAGACGUUCUUGCGAGCCGAGGAGGUGCCCGGUCAAGGAAAAUUCUACGUUUAUGAAGGCGGGCAUCGUAUUCCCGCUCAGGUAGAUGGCGAGGCCGUCAAUCCGAAUUGGGGUCUGACCAAAGCUAUGAGGCCGCGCAAGCGCCUUGCGCAGGCCUGCCUCGACUGCCGAGAGAAGAAAAUCAAAUGCGAGCCUGGUCAAUCUAACACGUGCGUGCAAUGUGAAAAGGCCAAGCGUCCAGAGGUGGCCACAAGCAAGUCCGGCUUGCUUGACUUGCUUGACUUGAUCCAAAUGCG